AUGCGCCUUGGAGAAGAUGUAAUAAUCACUGUGUCGCUGUUGAUGGCCGGUCUGACAGCUGCACCCCCUGCGGACAGUCAGGGGUCCGUAUUCGAUUGCAUCUUUCUCUUCAUAUCAGCUCGAACAGAGUUGGCCGACGAAACUCACACAACCUGCCUUGGCAUUCCGCUUUUCCACACCAGUGAUUCCUCAGCCGCACAAUUUCUCUCGCACAUCCUGUCCUACGUCGGACCUGUAGCCGCCCGAAUCAAGGCUGUUCAGCAGUCGGAGGCGGCACCCUCUGAUAGUUGCCCGGACGCUUCACCACCUCUCCUUUUUCAUGAUCUGCCGAUCCCUUUAGAAGUGCUGUGCCAGUUGUGUCGUGGGCCCGACGACAUUCCCGUCACGGCCACGACUGAGCUUUAUGCUGCCUCUGCACUUUAUUCUGCUGUUCUUGGCGUUGCUGAACAGUCCGUAAAACCCAGCUUUUCGUUUUAUGACAUCUUGGCUUUAAAACUGCUCUCAUCAGAAGCGGACGCCGAGGACCAAACCACCAAACAGAGCAGUUUGCGAUUUCGUGGUCCAGAAUGGGCGCCGAUAUCUCAGCCCAACUACCCUGCCUAUUGA